AUGGACUUAUUUGGAUACAUGUCUCAGUGCCCGUCCUUGCUUUGUCUAGAUGACGGAUUUGAACCAUUUGAACUCUUGCACCGUGAAUAUAGCGCUUCCGAUCCAUUCGAAACUGUUGUUAAUCAGUCAAAUGAUCUGUCUCACUACUAUCCAGACCCAUACCAGCCAUUGAACCCCGACCCAAACCUGCAGUAUGGAAGGCCCCUCAGUCAGGUGAACCCCCGAGGUACCUUUGAAAUACCGUUGGAUCCAACGAAUGGUCUGACAGUGCCAGCCCACUUUAAGCCGCCAGGACCAGCUCCGUUACCUCAGGACGGCCAGCCUAUGUACCAUACUGGACAACCUGAUUUAUCUGCACAUCGUCCUCCAGCCACCACUAGCGCUGCAAACCCCACAAACUUGGCAGCCCACUCAAACUCAGUACACUCGUGUACCACCAGCCACGAAUCCAACCCUGAAAUCGCCAAACUAAAGCCCCCUCCACGUGCUAAGACUGCAGCCAGCCUAGUUGAGAAAGCCGAUCAUAUGGAACUCGACCAGCUCAUGAAACUUGUCGCUCAAAAUGCUCAAUAUGCUUGUCUUACAAGUGAAGACAAGCUUGAGCUUAACUCUGCGUACAAGGAGUAUCAGCAGAAGCUUUACUUGAUAGCGUACAAGAACAAGCUUGAAAUCGGACCGUGUUUACGAUAUGUUGGCGAGGGGGCAAAUCCCAGAGGCUCGACCACCUAUAACACUUUCUGCAAGUACGAUCCAGUUGCUAGGAAGGCUUUUAAUGAUUCAAACAUGCAUCCCGAUGAUCGUAAGCGUGAAUGCGGUAGACUUUGGAAGCUAGUAGAUCCUGCGACUCAGAAGAAGUGGAAGGAUCCUGACUUCUUAGAAUCCUUUUUGGGACAAGACAAUCCAACUGAUGGCAUCGAUAUUGCAACCAACAACGAAAACGCCUCCACAUCUUUACUUAAAAAGCACAAAUCAGCAACCUUUGAUUCGGAUUGCUGGGCUCGCAAGGUCGUUGCUGACUUGAAACAGCUCAGCCGAAGGUUUGGUACUGAAGGCUUUCUGGUUGUUGGAUUGCAAGGCAAAGAUGCCACUCUAAAGUUCAGCGGGGGCAGUCAUCUAGGCAAAUUUUUUCUGGAUAUGUACUCGACUGAGGACGAUCCGGUUUUCAACUUUGUUGAUUUUCUUAGAGGUCAACACGUCAUCAAGAAGAUCACCGGCAAAGAAUCUACACCAGUUGUAACAAAGAAGAGACCCCGCACACAGAACAAGCCCUGUCAAUUGUUCACAAAACACGACAAAGGAGAAAAAGAAGCCAACAUUGAUUUCAUCCGAGCCAAACUCAAUUCUGCAAUCGAAAAGGCAACGCAUGGUCAAUGGAUCAAAGGAUGGCCUGGUACUCGCACUCAAUGGCGACUUUUGAAACUCAAAGUCAGUUUGCAGGUGAAGGACAACGAUUGCGGUGUUACCCCCCAGCACUUCUGUAAGCGACCGGGGGACAUGGGAGAUAAACACGCCCAACUUGUUGUUGAAGCGUUAGAGGAAGAUUGGGUCCAGCUCAUUGGCCCACCCGCUCCCAAAAAUAACGCUCUAGGAUUCCACGUUGAUGGUCAAACUCUCGAGGGUGACACUUCACCAACCAUAGUUUCUGUAGCUCCCUCGCCCAUCCGGAUCCUCCUCGCCGUGUCUAUCAGAUUACUUUGCCGUCUUUUUGCUUUCUCGGCUUCUCUGCCGCUGGCUUCAUCGGUCUCAACUAACUGGCACAGCCCUCGGCUCGAUCAACAUCGCUUGUCUGCAAUUUCCCCGGGCUUCAUCAGUAUCGUUUAUCUCGAUUUUUCCGCCUCGGUCACCAAUAUUCUUGACACCUCUCGCAACUUACUUAUCCAGCCAGCUUCAGGUACUCAGCUUCCAAACCGACGCUCGCAGAAUGCCGCCCUGAACGCAAGCGCAUGGUCUCGACUACGCAGGAGAGAAAUAAUUGCUUCAGAAGAACCAGACAGGAUUGAAAACUCAGAAACAAUGCAGAUUCCUUACGAUCCAAACGACGAGUCUCAGCGGCAGCAUGAAGAUUCCGAGUCCGAAGAUGAGGAAGAAGACACUACUUCGAGAUGGAAGUUCAAAUUAGCAUCAAUUCGACGCAGGGAGAUCCGUAAAGAGCUAGAAAAGAUCUUAUUGCUCGACAAUCCUUUCAAGGCAGGCCGCAAGUAUACAGUAUCAUAUUUCAGGAAGCAAUGGAACCACCAGCGAACGUUUCGAGCAGAUCACACAGAUGAAGAGCAGGAGCGAAGGGAAAAAGUUACUGCUGAGCAAAAUCAAUGCAGAGAGCGCCUGACGGAUCCGGACCUUGAUCUUUUAUCGGAUGCGGAGGUCAAGAAGAUUUCUGAUAAGAUCGAAAAGGUGUCCAAGAAACUCAACAAAGAUGCUGCGGAAGCUGAGGCAUUGGGUAUUGAUUUGCCUUCCGGGGAGGAAAAUAGCGAUGAGCAACGGCUGCUCCUGCUGUUAUGGAAUUCGAAAAAUGAAUUAUACACCCAAGCUGUCCAACUCCGAGCAGAACGCCAACCCUUAUUGGAUGCGAAAAAACUUGGGACUCGUGUGGGGACUGAGCUCAAAGAAAAAAUCCUCAAAGCAAUGGGGAAUCGCCGCCCAGCAGUCGAACGAUUACUUGACAAGUAUAACAAACUGUUUGCUGAAUACUUGCAGAAAUUUCCGAAUCAGCAAUCAACCGACUCAUCCCACUAUCCUCUUGAUUACAACACUUUCUCCAGUAUCACUCUGCUCGGAAACCAACCGGAAAAUGUAGAUGUGGAUCGUUUUGACAGCACGGCUUGGAUCGAAGAGAUCGACUCCGAGUAA